AUCGUGUAUGGUUGUGUAUGCGGCUAUGACUGUCGCACCUUCCGCGCGCGAGGGCUAUUCUCGUUCUUGUAAUAAUGAGUGAAAUAAAUACUAAUAAGAAAACCAUCAUUGACGAAUUCUUAACAUUUGUUCAGAAUAAAAUUGACAUAAUCGACGAUGUGAGCCUUAUACAAAUAUGUGCUACGAACUUCUCUGACGCCGAAAUAGAUACGGGUAAAUCGGUACUAUUUCAAGAAAUUUCCGGUGCACGCUGUGUUAAUAGAAAAGGUGAAGACAAGAAGAAAAAGAAUAUUAAAGAUGUUAUAGUGCUCCUUAAAGCAACUGAUCCUGACGUUCAGCCCACGUUUGUGGCGAAGAACCUUGACCGACUUCCUCCUGUGACCUUCGACCAUGUCGACGUAACGCGACUACUGAAAGACCUGACUUUACUUAAGUCGGAAAUGCUUGACUUAAAAACUAACUCUGUCUCAAAAUCAGAGUUCAUAACGCUUCAAGACGAAUUAUCUCGGCUUAGAUCGAGGUGGACACCAGACCAGACCAGGGUGGCAGUGCAGAAGAAACCCUUCAGCAAAAAACAACCAUCUCAAUUUAACAACUCAAACGGUUUAACUGGGCGGUCAUCUAUCUCGACGCAGAAUAGCCCGGCGACUGCGUCACGUGCGUAUGUUAAGGGCGACAUUCGCGCGCCGAUGUUGACGAGCAGUGAACAAGAUAGCGGACCGGUUUCCGAGCCGGCCGCGGCCUGUCCACCGUCGCCCGAGUCGGCGAUGCCUACGGAUGACGAAUUUGUUGAUGCCGAGAUUUCGCACACGCCUACCUACCGUGAUAUUUUGCGUAGCGAGGGAGGGACUGUCGACCGUAUGCCCAAUGACAACAAGGGUGUUAAUGACAAUGGAUUUACUACGGUGUCGCAUAAGAAGCGUAGUAAGAAUAAAAAUAUGAGAGGCACCUUGCAAUCGAGUAAUAGACUGCAGGUCGUGGAGCCCGCCUGUGCUAUCUAUGUGUCUCGAUUAAUGAAACACAUUACCGAGAAAGACAUUCAGGAACACUUUGACGACAUGAAUGAAAAAUGCCUAAGUGUCGAACUUUUAAUGCCGCAGCGGGAAACUAGUUUUAAUUCGUUUAAAGUUAUGAUCCCUGGUAGUAAAGUAGGUACUAUCCUAAAUAACAACUUUUGGCCCGCUGGCUUGGUCUACAGGCGAUACAGAGAGCGUACUUCGCGCCUUACACGACCCAAUAGUACCAAUAAUGGAUAAACACCUAACUAACCACUUAUUAAUGGCCUCUUUCAAUUGUAAAUCAU